CUCAAUUUCUUAUGCUGUUUGUAGCCACGAAAAGGUCAAUGGAAUUCCUUCAGUGAACUCUGAAUCGAUUGCAAAAAAAAUCGUUCAAUUGCUUCUGCGUUUAAGUUCUCCUUUUCACUGAACGUGUUUGAUAUUACCAGGGUAUAAAGUUUUUUUUCUUUUUAUUCAUUCACACAGGUUUGGACUGAUCUAAAACUAAAAACUAAAAAGAAGAUGACAAAUAACAAAAACGAAUCCAAAGCUACAGGGGGAGGACCAAAUAAAAUGCAUGCCUUUUCGCCAUGCGAGGAAGCUGUGGUUAAUUUGCUUUGCCUGGAUAAAGCAAUCAAUCACAAUGGAACAGCUUUUGGUCUCCCGAUGACAUCGUCUCCGCAGCAUACUCCAGAUAUCAUGGAAAUUGAAAUCGACAAUGUUGAGAACACACCACAGCCUGGCACAAGCAAACAAUGUAGCACACCUAGGAGUAUUCCCAAGAAAAGGAAGGUAAUCGAUACAUCGGAGUUGCUAUCUCAACAAACGGAAUAUCUUAAACAGUUGACUGCCAACUCUGAGCAAUGUGUGAAAUAUGCGAGGAGGCAGUACUAUUUGAAGGAAGAGAAAUUUCGUUUAAAAAAAGAAUACCUCCUUCGGGAAGAGAAGAGGAAGGAGCGGGAAUUGGAAUACCGGCUCGCUACUCUCGAAUACAAAAAAAGAAAGCUAGAUUUGUUGAAGGCGUCUAAUAAAAAAGAAUAUGACUCGGAAUAA